AUGCCUAUUGGUAUCAUCAUUAUUGCUGUGAUCGGAGUUGCCUGUUUUAUUGCCGCAAAAUGCUGUGGGGUUCAUAUUGAUCCACUAGGAUGGAUGGCGGACAAGUGGAACGAGCUGCGGAACCGCUGGGUCUGGCUCGACACGCAGCUGAACAAAUUCGACAAGUUCAAACGCGAGAAAAAUUAUAGAAACUACGAAGUGCUUUAUGUUGAGACUGACGGGAUGGAGCCUUAUUAUCAGCCGAAAAGCUACGCGCCAAGCUAUGGAUCGGUCAGUUUGAUUUCCAGCUUGCGGGAAGAUCGGAGAAACAGUAACACAGAUACGGUUUCAAUCUUGACUUCUGAGCUGCCACCACCGACCUCUGUGCCAAAACGACUUCGGCCUACAUCCCUGAACUUCAGCCGCCAAGUGCCUCUUAUUACACAAACCACCCUAACGCCCAUCACCCCAAAUUACAAUCCGCCUAGUGGAUUUGUCUUUCCCGAAGCAAGCCAUUCCGCCAUCCGUCGACCAAAAACGCCAUCAGUAAGAACAGUGGACAAUGAAAGCCUUAAUUUUGAGUACACUGAAUUUUAA